AUAUAUAUACACCCAGAAGAGAGAGGAACAGAGCACAUUAAGGCAGACGCGCGCUCGCGCUGGCGCUCGCUCACAGAGACCCUCCUAUCGUCAUCGUCAGUGUGAUUGUCAGUCCAGUGAGGCGGGCUCUGGUGGAUGGAGGGCCGCUGUUCGGCUCUGCAGCGUCUCUCGCUGCCUGCUCUUCCUCCGCGCGCGUCUCCGCGAGCGCUGUGAUGUGAAUAUUAAUGAUGCUGCGCGAAUCUCCGCGCUCAUUUACACCGCUUUCACCCGUCUGAGAGACACACAUGGAGGGCUAUUUAUUCGGUAGCGCCCAGUGACUCCUACUGUUGGUUGACUUGGCACGCUGUGUCCUCCGCUUGUAUCGCCAUCUGUGGCACUCCGUACAGAGCUGCAUGAUUUGUUUUAGGUGCUGAGAGAGGCGUUUGUCACUGUCAUGUGAGCCUAAUUUGCUUUAUUAUACACUGUUUAAAUGCAGGACGUUUUUGAGAGCAGCAUGGCUGAAGCCCCUGUUGGAGAGGACGCACCCAAAGAGCAGGACGGUGCCACCUCACAUGCCCACGAUCCGCUGCCAGGCAUUGGUGCUGCUUUGUGGGAGCGAGUAUUAAAAGCCAGUGUUACAGCUGGAGCUUUUCUCCUGCUCUACACACUGUCUCAACUCACUGGCUUGUGGGUCCUUUACAUGCUGAAUGGAUACAGGGCUUUUCCAGCAGCACACAAAGUUUUGGAUCUCCUUCAGUACCUUCUCUCUACCAGUGAUGCCUAUGAUCAACAGAUGGAGAUCUGGAGGGUGGAGAGCUUGCUGCCCCUCAUAGCCACACUCUUCUUAGGUGUCGUCAUUCUUGGUACUGGAACGCUGUUCUGCAUUAAAACCCUGGUGCCUGGCAACCAGUCCUGCUUCCCUGAAGACCGUCGUCAGUCCAUGAGCAGGCAGCCCUCUUUUACAUAUUCAGAAUGGACAGAUGCUAAACAGGAAGAUUUCUACGAGCUGGACGCUGUUCCUGAAACUCCCGUGUUCGACUGCUUUAUGGACAUGAAAACUGAAGCCGACCCUGUCACUCUCACUGUCAAACCUGUGGGCUUGCAGGAAAGGAGAGGCUCUAAUGUGUCUCUGACGUUGGACAUGUGCACCCCUGGCACUACAGAGCCGUACGGAGCGCUGCUGUCACCUAGAGAGCAGAGCACACAGGAGUAUCUGCAGAACGCAUCCAACCUGCUGACCCCCGAGCAGCUGCACACGAGAGCACUGGAUGACGGCGUGCUUCAGGCCGAGUUCUAUGAGACUCCCAUGAACUUUGUGGACCCAAAAGAAUAUAGUAUUCCUGGGGUGGUGAGGAAGAAUCGCUACAAAACCAUACUACCAAACACACAUAGCAGAGUGUGCUUAAAAGCUAAGGAGGAAGGUGAUUUUCUUAGCACCUACAUCAAUGCUAAUUACUUAAAGGGCUACGGUGGGAAAGAAAAAGCAUAUAUCGCCACACAGGGUCCGACUGUGAACACAGUGGGGGAUUUCUGGAGGAUGGUUUGGCAGGAGCGCUGUCCCAUUAUCGUCAUGAUUACUAACAUUGAAGAAAAAAAUGAGAAAUGCACAGAAUACUGGCCAGAGGACAGUGUCACCUGUGAGGGUAUCGAGAUCACUGUCAAACAGGUCAUCCAGGCAGAUGACUACAGCCUAAGGAUUUUCACUGUGAAGAGUGAGGGUGAGGAGCGCUCUCUCAGACAGUACUGGUACACGUCCUGGCCAGAUCAGAAAACACCAGACAAAGCCCCGCCUCUUCUGGAGCUCGUGCAGGAAGUGGAGGAAGCGAGAAAACAGGCUCCGCCGAACAGUGGCCCUGUCAUCGUCCACUGCAGUGCAGGGAUUGGACGCACUGGCUGUUUCAUUGCUACCUCCAUCUUGUGCCAGCAGCUUAGCAAUGAAGGGGUGGUCGACAUCCUCAAGACCACAAGCCAGCUACGCUUGGACAGAGGUGGGAUGAUCCAGACGGCGGAGCAGUAUCAGUUUGUCCAUCACGUCCUCAGCCUGUAUGAAAGACAGCUCCGGGAGACCUCAGAGGAGUAAAAGCCUCCAGGAGCCCAAAACCUUCACAGAGCAGUUGAGCUUCAUCCAACACACGGGGCAGGCACUGACUCUCAGUACCUCAAGUGUCAUGUCUUCAAACACAACACCAGUCCUUUCAGAUGUUAGAUCACACUCCCAUCCCUAAAACCUCAAUCAAGACGCCAGUCAGCUAUUAAAAAUACUUUAUAUUACCACAACAGUAAAAGAGAAGUGGUAGCCAGAUAUAUCACACACAAGUACUGCCCACAUAAUAACACUCAGCAGUCCGUCAAUGGUCAAACACAAUGAGGUUUGUAUCCUUGUAUGAACACAAUAACAGACGCCGAGGCCUCCAUUUAUGACAGAAAUCUGACAAUAGGUUUAGGGACCUCUUCAACUUCUGAGCCUACAAAUACAGCAAUUUUACUUUCACUGCUAGGAUGUUUUUACACGAUUUGUAAAAGAGAUUUGUUGCGUGUGUGCGUGUGUGUGUGCAUUCACGAUACUCAAAUGUUGAAAGAUGAAUCUGAACCGUCAGUAUAUGUGUGUGUGUUUAUGUGUGACACAGAAACCGAAGGAGCGAGGUGAUGUUUACUGUGUGUUUAACUCCGGAUAUGAGGUUGGUCUCUGGACGAGCUUAGCCUACCACAUUUAAUACAAAAUGGCCUUAAUAUGUGUCUUUCUGUUCGUACCGGGGUCCGUUUGGUUUUUGUAUAGCUGUUGUCGGACAGAUCUAAAGGCAGCCUGUCAAAUUUCUCAUUCGCUAAGACUGAGAGAGAGGGACUGAGACUGAACGGUGUACAUUUUUCCCUCAACAUACCUUUGCCUUCUCGAUUGGCGUGCUGUCGGACGCUCUAUCGCGCGUUUUAGUUGGACUCAAAAAGCAUUGAUGCUGCACCUCAAGGUUUUAUGUAUCAAAAUGCCGAAACACUGUAUCCAACUAAUGUUCAAUUUGUAAAUCACAGCUUGUACGAAAAGCAGAAAUCACAACAAUGGGACAUAUAUAGUUGUGAUGUUUUUUUGCUGAUUUCUCUUUCCUUUAUGAGCUUGUUUUACUCUGGUUACAUUUAACAUUGUUUAUAUGUGAGUCUGCGUAUCUGAUUAGUUAAGAUGUAUAAUCAGUAUUUGCCUGAGUUGGCAGCUCGUACAGCUUUGCUGAGACUUGCAGUUUGCAUGAGCAAGUACAUUUUGAACUUCUUUUUAAUUAUGAGCAAGGAAAUGUUUCAGUGAGGAGCAGACAUCUGUGUGUGAUUAUGAGCCGAAGCUUCUGUCGCGGCACAGUUGCUCUCUGCCGUUGGAAUAAGCAUCCUCAGUCCACAAUCUCAUCUGAUCCAGCUGGAAGUACCGAUGCAAGUUCUCCUCUGAAUUUCUUUAGACAGGACUGCUACCAAACUUAUUGUCUCCGGUUGUUCUCAAACUUAGUCAAAUGUCCUCAAAACGUUAUUUCCUUCCAGGCAGCUCUGGGCUGAUUUUAGGAAGUUUACAGAAGCUUGAAAACUCCUCCUUGUUACACAAGAGAUUGUACUGUUUUUUUUUUUCUCUCUCUCGCUCUCUGUAUGUGUUGUUAGUUCAAGGCCUCAAGAUAGUUUGCCAGGAAUGAGAAUGACUUUCAUUCACAUGCUUUAAUCGCUGCUGUUACAGUUUUUUUUUUUUUUAUCGCAGAACUGCUUUCGUGUUUUAGUUGGUACUGAGCAAGUGGAUUUUAUUCUUUGUUUUUAUUGAACUGACAUAUUUUAGUCCUAUUUAUUGAAAAAGUUUUGUCUUUAUGUUUUUGUGCUGUUAUUACACUGCCAAAGACUGUAGUGACCGGUUCAUACCGCAAAACCUGAACAAUCCUAAUUCUGUAUCUGCAAACUUUGAAAACCGUAAGACCAACCUGUGGAUUUGUGUACAUGUACGAAACCAGCAUUUGUAUAUUUUUAACCAGUUUUAAAGCAAAGAAACUAAAUUCACUGAGUAAAACCUGUUUCCUUACUAUACCUAGCCUUUCUUUUGACAGUUUGUCACCUUCUCCAACUAUAUAUAGUUUAUUAUCUAAUAUUUUAUAUCAUUUUCACUUGCUUUGCACAGAAUAAUCAGUAUAAACUUGUAAAAUACUUGAAGUUGGAAGGACUUCAUAAACAAUAUCUAAAAUCAAAAUCUACAUUGAGUUUUAAUUACACUGUAAAAAAUAAAUCCGUAAAAUUUACGAUAAAAAAACGGCAGCUGUGGUUGCCAGUACUUUACCGUUAAAAGCACGGUA